AGUGGCGACAGGGGCCGGGUUGGUCAAGCCGGGAGGAGGCGGGGGCUGGCGGCAGUGACGCGAAGCUGCGUCACGUCCGCCGCCAGGCGGGAACCGAGCACCCGAGAGGGCUGGGACGGUGGCCGGCGGGGCCGGGCCCGGAGGCGGCGGCGAUGGAACUCAGGAUGAAGCGGCGAGCCUCCGACAGAGGCGGCGGGGAGACAUCUGCCAAGGCGCUCUGUGCAGGGAUUUCCAGCACCAACGCCAAGCGGGCCGGGCCCUUCGUUCUCGGGCCUCGCUUGGGGAACUCCCCAGUGCCGAGCAUCGUCCAGUGUCUGGCAAGGAAGGAUGGCACAGACGACUUCUACCAGCUCAAGAUCCUCACCUUGGAGGACAGGAGCGACAAAGGUGCGGAAACCCAAGAGGAGCGCCAGGGGAAGAUGCUGCUGCACACCGAGUACUCCCUCCUCUCUCUCCUGCACAGCCAGGAUGGGGUGGUCCACCAUCAUGGCCUUUUCCAGGACCGAGCGUGUGAGUUUGUUGAAGACUUGGAAUCCAGCCGGAUGGUCCGGAAGAUGAAGAAGCGCAUCUGUCUGGUGCUGGACUGCCUCUGCGCCCACGACUUCAGCGACAAGGCAGCCGACCUCAUCAACCUCCAGCACUACGUCAUCAAGGAGAAGCGCCUCAGCGAGCGCGAGACAGUGGUCGUCUUCUACGACGUGGUGCGGGUCGUGGAAGCCCUCCACAAGAAGAACAUUGUGCACCGAGACUUGAAGCUGGGGAACAUGGUGCUGAACAAAAGGACCCACCGGAUCACAAUCACAAACUUCUGCCUGGGGAAGCACCUGGUGAGUGAGGAGGACCUCCUGAAGGACCAGCGUGGGAGUCCUGCCUACAUCAGCCCUGAUGUCCUCAGUGGCCGGCCGUAUCGGGGGAAGCCGAGUGACAUGUGGGCGCUGGGGGUGGUCCUCUUCACCAUGCUGUACGGCCAGUUCCCCUUCUACGACAGCAUCCCUCAGGAGCUCUUCCGCAAGAUCAAGGCUGCAGAGUACACCAUCCCUGAAGAUGGACGGGUGUCGGAGAACACGGUGUGCCUGAUCCGGAAGCUGCUGGUCUUGGACCCCCAGCAGCGCCUGACGGCCUCCGAAGUGCUCGACUCGCUCAGCUCCAUCAUCGCCUCGUGGCAGUCCAUGUCUUCCCUGAGCGGGCCCUUGCAGGUGGUGCCCGAUAUCGACGACCAAGUGGCAAAUCCGGAAACUGUGCACGAGGCCAAGGUGACGGAAGAGCUGUGCUCCCAGUACGAGUUUGAGAACUACAUGAGGCAGCAGCUGCUGCUGGCGGAAGAGAAGAGCAGCCUCCACGAGGCCAAGAGCUUCCUCCACAAGCGGCAGUUUGGCAGCGUGCCCCCCGUGCGCCGCCUGGGCCAGGACGCCCAGCCCAUGAGCCCCCUGGACGCAGCCCUCCUGGCCCAGCGCUACCUGCGGAAGUAGCCGGCCCGGCCACGGCCCGGAAGCCCCGGCCACGGGGCCGUCUCCUCCUGCCCUCAAGAGUGCAGAGGGAAGGCCCCCCCGAGUGGCCGGUCCUCACUGCAAGCCGAGACAGUGACUCGAGUUCCAGUCAUGGCUCUGAAAUCUACCUCUGUCUUUUUCUUCUGACCACACUGUCCUCUGGACUCAAAGGAGGAGCGUUUGGCAAGCGUGGCCUCAGCCGGCCACUGCAAAGACCAGGAGGGCUGCACUUGGCGCCGUACGGUUUGAAUAAGCUUCAGGGGUGUGAGUGUGAGUGUGAGUGUGUGUGUGUGUCCCCCACGUCAUCAAAGUGACUGUUUCGCAAGCCGCCUCCUGGCCGUGCAUGUCCUCUUCUCUCUUGGGAUUCCUGGGAGUUCUGAUUUUGGUUUUGGUUUUUAAAUCAGUCGCUUCUUGCAUCAGUUCUGGGGCUGCCCCCUUGCCCCAGUGGUACGGCUGAAGGGAUAAAGCUGUGAUAAUGUGAAAGGGGGUCUUUCCCCCAGGCUGCCCUCCCGGGCCUGAACGGCCUCCUGGUCUGGCCACUGUUCUCCCUCCCUGGCGCUUGGGCGUUGGUGGCGGCAGCGGCAGCGGCUUGCCCCGAGAACAGGUCAGUUUCUGAGCCUCUCUCUUUGGACUGGAUGCCGCUCUUGCCAGACAAGCUGUUCUCGGGCAGCCCUCCCUGGGAUGGGAAGAUGCCCCAGCCUUGCCCUCGGGGGGCCUGGCUCUCCCUGGCACGGGGACUCCUUCUUUCGGCCCUGCAAGGAGACGUGGCCUCCAGGAAGCAGAACUGGCCCGAGGCAAGCAGGGCCCUUCUCGGCCAGGAGUGGGCCAGUGUGGGGGAGCCCUCCAAGCUGAAGGGGGGCCGUCUGCUUAGGUGGAAGAGAAGGGCUGGCACCGAGCGCUCUUCUGCCAGCGUGAAUUCCACAAACGUAGGGAUGCCUGCCUGGACGUGUGUCUGUCUGUCUGAGAGCGUGUGGAUUCUCCUCCGUUAAGGGCCUCGCUGGCAGGAUGCCGUCUGCAGCCCCCCCCCCGUCAUUGAGGUGGGAGGGCAGGAGACUGUGCCGUGGCCCUUUGGGCCUCUUCUCUGUGCUCUGCUGAGAAAUGCCCGGGGAGGGGGCUGGAGUGGCCCUGCCGGCGAUGGUGGAGGAUCGGGGCUCGGGGCCGCCCUCCGCGCAUCUUGGCCGAGCAGGCAGAUGCUCCUGCUUGCGAAGCAUCACUGGGCGCUUUGGAAAUCCAGCCUAGCAGGAGCUGGGCGAAUGCACACUCAAAGCCUGGCUCUGCUCUGGCCGGGAGGCGCGGUGUUGGAAACAGCCAGCGUGGCCUUUGGGGCCCAGGGGGUCAGGCCCUCCUCCUGCACGGCGACCCUCAUCCUUGGCCUUUUCUCUCAGGGCGCAACCCCUGCUCCAUUGGAGCCCGGGGGGGGGGGGGGGGGCCUGCUUCCCUGUCUCCUUCAGGAGGUGCGCCAAGCGAGGUCUGAGCUCUGGGGCAGCUUCCGGCAAAGGGGGUGCUGGCCCAGUGCUCGUCCCGAGGACCCCUGGGUGGCACCAGCCCACGAGUGGGGGGGGGGUCCGUGCAUGCGCGGAUUCUGCAUGGGGCUGCAGAGAGAAGCGGAGGGCCUGCUCGCCUCUCCCCUCCCUGGAAGCACCCCCUGGCUUGGUCAGCGGAAGCAGGCGCAGGGCCAGCAGGCCUCGGUCAAGGCGCUCAGGCCCGGCUGUCCCUUAGCUGGGGCUCCCAGCCAGGGUUCCUCCAGCUGUGGCUGGACUACAACUCCCAGCAUCCCCAGUCUGUGAUGUAUUGUGCUUGGGGAUGCUGGGAGUUGUAGUCCAGCCACAGCUGGGGGAUCCUGGCUGCCCCUGCUGAACUGCCGCCUCCUUGAUCCUACCCCAGGUUGUGGGGCUCCACGUGCCCCCUCAUGCUGCUGUCAGGCCUGGGGCAGGAAGCGCUGCAGUGGGGUGGCAGAAGCAGGAGCUGUGCCCACGGCCCGUUGUGGCUGCCACUGGCCUUGAAGGGGCUUCUCGGGAGGUAGGCAGCCGCCCUUGGUCGGUCUUGGUCAGUGCUGUUGACACUGCCUUCCCAGCCCCUCCGUGGCGAUGCUGGCCGGGAGUGAGGCUGGGCCCCUCUGCCUGCCCAGCAGGCACCCCCCCGGUCUCCGUCCAGGCCCCGAUGCCCACCCCAAGGCCUGCUCAGCUGCAGCAUGGAGGCUGCCUUGGCUGCCCUUGGGCGGUGCUCCUGUGGGGCUGUCCAGGGAGGCGUGGCAGGAGGGGGGGGGCGUGUUCCUCCCUUGCUUCCUGCCCCGGCCAGAGAGUGCAGCCCCCAGGCCUCCCCCCCCCGCAUUUAACUCUUUCCUCCCAAUGUAGCGGGACGUGCGUCUGUCUUGGUCCUCGUCCCACCUCAAUAGAAAUAGCAAUACUUCAAGGACUGUGUCGAGCGGGGUGUUUGGCUCAUCUUUGACGCUGCAGUUUUUAAAGCAGACUGGAGAGAGAGGGGAAGGGAAGGAAAUCUGGGUGAGGAGGACUCUGUGAGCUGCUGGGACUUCUCUUGGUGGACACAGGCUGGCCAACACACCGGAGGCGACGAUCUUAUUGUAAAAAAUUGCAAAGAGAAUUUGUAUAGAGACCUAUUUUUGUAUUACAUCCAACUAUUCCUGCAUGUCAGCAAUAAAAUUUCAUAAUGUAGACCGAGA